AUGCCCGAAGACACAUAUAGAAAGCAAGUAAAAGACCCGUAUGUCGUGGGAAUUGACUUGGGGACAACAAAUUCAGUGGUUGCUAUAAUGAAAAACAACAGACCUAUCGUUUUGAGGAAUGAGUAUGGAAAGUCGACUACACCGUCGAUUGUGCGGCUUGGCAAGGAAGAAAUAGUUGGCGAAGAGGCAAAAAAGUAUCUAAAUACCGAUCCCGAAAACACAAUAUUUGCCAGUAAAAGACUGCUUGGCAGAAAAUUUACAGACCCUGACAUUCAAGAAUAUAUCAAAGCAUUGCCAUAUAGGACUAUGCAGUCAUGUAACGGAGAUAUUUGGAUAAAGACAAGUUUUGGAAAAUACUCGCCAGCACAGAUAGGAGCAAAGAUUCUUUCAAAAAUGAAGAAAAUUGCCGAGAAUGCGCUUGGUUCAAAAGUAUUUGCCUCUGCCAGCAAUUCCGAGAGCAAGAUUGCAAAAAAUCAUAUUGGAUCUUCGGUCAGACGGGCUGUCAUAACAGUGCCGGCAUAUUUUAAUGACAUCCAAAGGCAGGCUACAAAAAAUGCGGGUAGGAUAGCUGGAUUGGAUGUCAUACGGGUCAUAAACGAGCCCACAGCAGCAGCGCUGGCAUAUGGACUGGAUAAAAGCGCUGGAGGAAAUGUGGCUGUGUAUGAUCUUGGCGGCGGCACAUUUGACAUAUCGAUUUUGGAGAUAGACAACGGUGUUUUUCACGUUAAGUCUACAAAUGGUGAUACGUUUCUUGGUGGUGAAGACUUUGACGGUGAACUUAUGAAAUUUAUAAUUAACAUGCAUGAGCAGCAAGAGGGCAUGAGGCUAGAUAUGAAACUGUGUCACUUGAGAAGCUGA